ACCACGUGACCAGCACACACCUGUAGGAGUGUCUCUUUGUACUACCUGAGCAGUCGCGCGCUCUCGAGGUUGUUUGCGUUUAUCACUGAAGAUUCAGCGUCUGUUUUAAUCCGGACCACUCCGUUCAUCAUCAAGGUGAGUGCAUUUAAAACCGAUUCAGACCGAUUUAACCCGAAGUUAUCACAGUCUGGAGACGAAGGGGGACAGGUGACAUUUAAACCCACCUGUGCGCGUGCUUAUUUACACGGUUUAAGUGAAAAUUGACCGUAGAAAAUGGGGGUUAGCAUCAGGUUUCAACAGGAGACUAAACGAGUGACAUGUUGAACCUAAAUAGACCGAGGAAAAUGAUUUUAUGUAGCUGCUAAUGUUUAUUUUGAAGUCUUUACCCAAAUAUACACUGAAAUGCUCAUUUUAGUAGAUGAUAUUCAAUUAUACAUCAUAAAUAUUUGUUUGGUUUUCGGGUGUUUUUCUGUUCAAAGCUGUUCUGAACAGAUGUCAGGCUCAGGUGAGGUGAUUCAAGGCCUUAUAGGUGGAUAUUUUAAAACUAUUCAAAACCCCAUCCUUCACUGUUGAGUCUACAGUUUCACUCUCAGUGAAACCAGCUAACCCAGCUCCCUGUCUCUGACUAUCAGCUAAUCAUGUUUGAAACUAUCUCAGUAUGUCUCCACCCACUGCUGCUUUGUUUCACCACAAACACACCUGAGGACCAAACAGCAGCAGCAGCAGCCUCACCUCCGCAGGUACACCUGAGGGAUGCAGGAGGCUGUUUGUCUUUGAUUAACCCAGAUCAAACACCAUGUAUUCAUGCAUCAAAAUCACUCAAAUGACCACUGGAUUAACUAGAACAUAGAGUUUGGAAUACUUUCUGUCCUUUUUGACCUUCCAGACAGACACCGGGCUGAAGUUAGAAACAUAUUCACAGCUUCUGAAAGUUAAGGAGAAGAGGUCUUGAUCCAGAACCAGUAUACAUGAACUCCUCAGGUCUGGAUUAGAUCAUUCUUGAAGGACAACAGGCUCUUCAAAACGAAACCUUUAUUCUAUUUGUGAAUUCAGGGGUGGAGGAGUCACUACUAAGUCAUUUUUUAAACUCAAAUUUUACUUUAACUACAGAAUUUUCCCUGAAACAUUGUAUUUUGCUGUAUUUUAUGUUCAGUUACUGAGUAUAAAGGCCAAUAAAAGAUUUCAGCUUGAUCAGUUACAUGACAGCAAGCUGACUGGAUGAAAAAAUCAAAUCUUACAGAGUGAGUUUUUCUCCUUUUUAGUAAAAUAUAAUACUUACUAUGAGCUACAUUGGACAGAAAUAUCCAAAUAUGGAUAUUCAUUUUGAGAUACUUAUAGCUAAAAUUGUCUUUAUGUGUUCUUGGAAUUUGCUGACUUUGCAGCCAUUAUUUUUAGAUAUAAUCAACAAAUAAUCAAAUGAAAUAGUCGAGUACUUAUUACCUUCGCUUGAGUAGAUGAAAGGCUGGCAGUUUCAAUUGUGACUGUGAUAACAUGUCAUUGAAAUAACUGAAAGUGAUCAUUUUGGUGCUCUUUUCACCCCCGAGUCUAGAGCACAUAAGACAGGCCUUGAUCCAGAACCACAAUACAUAGACUUGUCAGAUCUGGAUUAUCCUAGCGAGGUUGCAGUUUCUUUAAAACACAGGUACCUUUUUUCUGUUAGUGAGAAUGCAAAAAAGUGAGGCUCCUUUGCUUUCCUCACCUCUCAUGAAAUGGAGGUUAAUGCAAUUGUGACUUUUUGUUGGUUAGUUUUGCCAUUUUUCUAAGAAAUUAUUGUUUAAAUAAGGGACCCAGAAGGCCAUUUCACCCUCUCUGAGCAUCUUAGGUGUGUGCUGUGGCUCUUUAGAAGGUCGGGGAGCAGUUAAAUAGUCUAGUUAAAAGACCAUUACUAUAAAUUAAAGACAAAAAAUAAAAAAAAAUAAAAAAACUUGAACAGAUACUGAAUUUUACAGGUACAGUAUAUGCAUUCAAAACACCCAAUGACAAUAAUACACAAUACUUUUGGCUUUGACAAUUUGUUUAUCUAGUUCUUGACAGACAAGAAAAUACAACCAAACAAUGACAAUCACACACAGUUAAGAGUAUUUACAUUUAUUUACAGAGUCUGUCGGUCAAAAAAAUCAGUUUUAUUAUUCCUCAUAGCAUACAUAACUCAUCAGUACUAUCUCAUAUUUUUUUAGUAUUUACAGCAAUCAUUUAACAAAAGUCACCUUUUCUGUCAUUGUAAAAUUAACAAUUGUCUGUUUCUAUUUUGUAGGUUUUGUUCAAGUUUCUUUUCAUCAUGCCAAGCAACAAACGCAGCACUCCGCCGUACCUCUACAAUGGCAACAAACAGUGAGUCCAUUAUUUAUUUUAUAUACAGUACCCUAGCUGCAGACGGAAACUUCUUUCUUAGGUCACUUAAAGUGGAUCAUGCAGACCCUGAUUUAUCGAAAAAAACAAUAGGUGUUAUCACUCACUGUUAACCCAACGAAGAUGUUGACACACAAGGAAAAACUGUAUUUAUAAAGUCAAUAAGGAGAGCAUGUCUUCUGCAGGUUAAUAAACACACUAAACCAAACACAGUAGAAGUUGAAUUGUGGGUAACUCUUUUGGUGGUAACUGUCAGUAUUAAGAGUUUGCUGUUGAGUUAUGAGGUAUGAAAUCUCUCCUGACAGUAACCUUCGCUCCUCUUUCUCUUCUUCAGCCACAGACACAGACACAGCGAGUUCACGUCUAACCCCGCCUUCUCCUACUACCCCGGAGAUAAGGUCCUCCAUUACUACCGCUGGUCGUCUCCGCCCGGUGUGAUGAAGAUCCUCAGCAUCAUCAUCAUCAUCAUGUGUGUGGCUAUAUUUGCGUGUGUGGCCUCCACGCUGGCCUGGGACUAUGACAUGAGUCUGAUGGGUCUUGGGGGCGGCGGCGGCCUUGUCCCGGGUUAUGGAGGGUAUGGCAACUCGUAUGGUGCUGGAUCAUUCGGGGGCUCCUACUCAGGCUCUUAUGGGGGUACCUAUGGCUCCUCGUAUGGUGGGGUUGGAGGUGGUUCUUAUGGCUAUGGAGGAGCACAGAUGGAUCCCAGAGCCGGUAAAGGCUUCAUCAUCGCCAUCGCUGGCAUCACCUUCAUCGCAAUACUCAUCAUCUUCAUCCUGGUGGUUUCCAGACAGAGUGCGGCACAGAAGCCAAGCUUCUAUCUGGCCACCAUCAUCAUCAGCGCCAUCCUGGCGUUCCUCAUGAUCAUCGCCACCAUUGUGUACUUGGUGGCUGUGAACCCAACUGCCCAGUCCACAGGGUCCAUAUACUACAGUCAGAUCCGCCAGCUGUGUGCCCAGUACCAGAACCAGAACCAGGCGCAAGGCAUCUUCCUCAACCAGUACCUGUACCACUACUGCGUGGUGGAGCCUCAGGAGGUAGGACCAGCUGUGAUAAUGGGAAGAAGUUGUGGGGGGGGGGGGCUUUGUGGUUAAAGACUUUGAAGGUGCGGUACAACCCAGCAGAGAGGUGGUUCUGGUUUAGCUUCUAAGUCCGCAGAUAUUUCCAACUUACUUUUCCUGAGAAGAGUUUUCAGCUGGCUCUGAAACAGACUGAAGUUAACACGGAUAUUUCUGUAGAAGCUACAAGAAGUAUCAUCAACUCCAACCAGAUGAGGAGAUAAACAGCACCCUGCUAAACAAACUUAAAAAUGUUUAAUGCCAAAGAGUCCUUAUGACAUUUAAAACCAAGAGGGAUGAGAUAUUUGAUUAAACACUUCAUACUCAUGUUACAGACAAGACCAGUAAAGAGAGAGACUAUCCUUUGUAAUCAUCAGGGGGCAUGAAAAUGAUGCUUCAAAAUUAGGACUGUCAGUGUUAAUGCAUUAAUCCUGAUGGAGUUAAGGUUUUAUAUGAAUAAAAUACUUUUUUGUCCCUUGCAGCACACUGUAGUUCAGCUGCUGCAGUGUCUUCCUUUGCCUUGCUGCUGCUGAGAUAGAGAACAACAACACUUCUGUGCUUUUCAGAGAGAGAAUCAAAACUACUCAAUAAUCUAUUUAUACUUUAUUUAUUCUAUUUGUCCCAGAGAGAAUAAUGUUUGCCACUCUUCCUUUUAUUCACAAUAUAGAGUUAAAGAUAAAGUAGAACAAAAUUAAUUAAAACGAAUUGAUUUUAACAAAAUUUAAAAAGAAAUGAACGAUAAAAAAGUAAACAUGAAAUAAACAAUUAGACAAACACAACCUGUUUUGAAACAUAAAGCUAUGCACAGAAAAUGUGCACAGUGUGUAACAGUUUUAACUUUUUAAUCUCUGUAAUCAAGCUGGAUUUUAAAGUCAGUAGUUUGCCAUUUGUCAUCUAUUAACGUCAAAGUUUUAAGAAGGAAACCGUUUAAGUGAACGUAAUACAGAUCAUUGCAGAAUCACAAGGAGCUGCUGGUUUACAGCUGCUUUGUUUGAGUGUGGCUUUGUGUUAGUUUCUUUAACUCUGACUUUGUUUGGACAAAACUUAUUUAUUUAAAACACGAAAGUCACACAAUAACAAAAACCAACUCUUCAAGAAAGACCAGCAGCUCCAGCAAAGUACAAUUUCUGUUUUUCUCAGAGUCGUCUGGUGUCUGUAAAGAGCUGAAGAAGAAUAUUUAUCUUUAACACAUGAAACAGCAAAAACCUCGAGAUGUUUUUGACACACUAAAGGGUCCGAAUCUAUAUAAGUAUCUUGUAGACCAUUUUCCCCACAAGUUAAAAACACAACACACAACAAGAUUAAUGUAUUCAGAUGUUUGUGAUCCCACAUCAGUCUAAAGACCAACCACAGUUGAUGCAGUGAGCAGAUCAGCUCCCGGUGCUCUCAGCUGAUGUUUGGGCUUUCUUGUGCUGCUUGGUUUCUGGUGACAGGAGUUUCUUCUUCAGGGAAUUAUGGUGAAAUGUCCCUUUAACACAGUCUAGUGUUUGGCCUCUCCAGUCUGUCAUCUAUUAAAAAGUCUGCUCUCCUCUCCUCUCUUUGUUAGUGGAUGUAAUUUCAGCCUUCUGACAGUUUGCUCUCCCCUCAGGCCAUAGCCAUUGUCCUGGGUUUCCUGGUGUUCGUGGCCCUCAUCAUCCUCCUGGUCUUUGCUGUGAAGACCCGCAAUCAGAUCAGACGCUGGGGCCCAGAACGCGUCCUGUGGGAGGAGGUUAAAGUUGUCAAUGACGGUCUGCACAACAGCGUUGGCGAGUGGGUAAGUUAGGAUGUGUGUCACUGUGUUUUUCUGCGGGAUGGACUCUGGUGAUGUGUUUGCUUUAGAGUUAUAGUCUGGAUUAAGUAGAUGCACCUUCAUCCAUCAAGUCAAAUCCAUAGCAGAUAUAUGCCGUCACUUCAACAAAUGUUAGACAAAAAUAAAUACACAAUUGAAUUGAACUGGGUCAGUCUUUACAAACAUUUCACGUAACAUUUUUCUAAGCCUCUACAAACUUUGUACAAGUUUCUAUUCCAGUUCUUUCCAGAGAUGCUGAAUUAGGUGAAAUUUGAGAUUAUACUCUCAUAAAGAUUCUUGUUUGAUUGGUUGGAGAAAAAAACAAAAUAGUGUUUCAAAUACAACCUUGAUUCUAAAACCAUUUUGGUUUGCAAAUCAUUAAAAGCCCCUUUAAUGUAAGAUACUGCAAAGACAACAUAAACGUUGAACUCAAAAAAACAUUGUUUUAUGACAAAUAUCUGCUUAUUUUAAAUUAUAUGCCAGUUACACAUUCUGCAUGUUAUCACAGUAUGUGCAAUAUGCAGUUUGGUAUCAUCUUUCUGGAAUAUGCAGAUUUUUUCUGUAAAAUCAUUGCCUGGAUGGAGCACAUGAUGCUUCAAAAAAGGUAUAGUUUGUACAGCAUGAAUGGUGCCUUCAUAGAUGUAUGAGCUCACUAUCCCAUCGGGAACGCUAGCUUUUGAACUAAGCGCUGGUAUCGAGCUGGUAUCUUCAGAGCAGAUGACACAGCAUCCAUGAUUUCCAAAAAAAAAAGUCAAAUUUUGAUUUGUCAGACUACAGGACAGUUCUCUACUUCCCUAAGUUUAUCUUAAUUGUGCUCAGGCCCAGAGAUGUUGUAGGCACCCCUGGAUAAUGCUUUUGCAUAGUCAAGUUUUAACCUGCAUUCAUGGAUGCAGUGGCAGACUGUGUUCAUGAACAAUGGCUUUUGAGUCCGUGCAGUGACUUCCACUGCGGUCAUGUCUGUUUUUAAUGCAGUGCUGAUUGAAGGCCUGAAGAUCACAGCCAUCCAGUGCUCGUCUUUGACCUUGUCCGUUUUAUAAUACCAGACCUUUUUAUGAUAUUAUAGAACUAUUUACUCACACAGUCUCUCUCAGAGUGGUAAACUCCUUCCUAUAUUUCCUUCUGAUAGCAUCGGCCUCUCUGGAGUGCCUUCAUUAUACUCAGCCAUGACACUAACCUGUUGGUAAAAUAAACUCAUUAGUUGUCCCCCCCCUGGGUGAUUUUUAACAUUACACAACUUUCGCAGAGUUUUGUUUUCCCUGAGUUAUAACUGUUGUCUGAACCUUUGUGAACCUGUUUCUGGCAUUAAAUUUAAUAUGUGAAUAUGUAUAUAUUUUAAUGGAAAAAUAACGCGUUUUAAUGUCAACAUUUGACAUGUUGUCUUUUCACUACUAUAUUUAGGCUUUAAAUGGUUAAAAACCAUCAAAUUCUAUUUUACUCUUCAUUUUAAAUACCAUAACUCUCUCUGGAGUUUGAGUUGUACAUUUUACAGGGUCAUUUGUGUGGUAAGUAAACAGGCUAAAAGAUCUCCAUAAACCUUAAAAAAUGCGACAAUGGAUAAAUCCCAUAAGCCACAGUGAGCCGCACAAAUACUCUUUCCUGUCUUCAGAAAACAACUCAUUGAGAAAACAUUUGAGUUUGAAAAAAGCAGACAUACCUGCUCUAAUGUGGGUCAUUCAAGAAAAAGCAGAAACAACACAACCUACAAGUAUAGACAGAUGGGAAAGAGGAGGGUGUGCUCGUGCUCGUGUGCGUGUGCGUGUGCGUGUACGUGUGUGUCUGUGUGUGAGGUGCAGGUAAGGAUGGUUUCAUUUGUAGUUUCUGGGUGUGGUCUGAGGAGCUGCACUCUCACUGUAUUGUCAGGAGGAUCUGUUGUAAAGUUCUGAUCCUCCACUUGUUAGAAAAUCUUAACUCUUUGAAAUCCUGAUUUUACUACAGAUCGUUAAAGCCAAUAUACGUUUUUUUCCGUCUCAGUACGGUCAUGUUUUGUAUCUGAGGACAGUGACUCACAAAUGAAAGCUUGAACGUCUCUUCAUAGUUUUCAUUCCAGCUGAGUGACGUUUCCCAGCUCUCCAUAGUUCAGUGUUCGGGACUGAAAGUCAUUGUUUCAGGCUUCCUCUUCAUGUAGUGAUGGUAUCACUGCUAUUCAGGCAUGCAGGCAGAAGCAGAGGAACCGGUUGGUCUUGAGGAAAACCAUGCACAGUUGAAUGUUUAUCAAAUGAAGAGAGCAGGUUUAUGAGGCGUUAAGUAGGACAUGAGAGAGCAGCCUCAGGUAAACCUCACUGAAACCGCAGGCUAGACAUUUUGGUCGUCGAACAGCACAGUUAAGAGUCUCUAAACCAUAAGACUGAGGUUUUGAUUUUACUGGACAUUUUAUGGAAAUUAGGGACAAAAAAAAGAGUUUUAAAUAAGCAACUUGAAGUCAUAAAUGUGGGCUUUUUACCUAAACAGUUAUCAUACUUGAAAUCCUCAGUGUGAAUUGUGCUGAAUCAACUUUGUCCUCCAAGAAUCUCCUUAUUUAACUCUUCAUGCAACAUCAAUCCUCACCUCUUUGAAAAUAAAGGCCUUCUGUUGUAAAGGUGGUGAAAUAACAUCAUGGUUCAAAUACUGAAUUUGAAUAUUUCUGUUAUUAAAAGGGCUGAAAUGUCGGUCGUGUAUUGUGUCUAAACUGUCCUUCCACUAGUCAGGGCUGUGGUUCAGGUUACUGUCUGCUGCCACAAUACUAUGAUAUUCUACAACCCGGAUGUAAACAAACACAGAUGACAGACAUCAGCUGGUAGCGUGGCGAGGUUUGUCAAUAUUUUGAUCUGGGUUGUUGGCUGUGUAUGGUUAAUUCAGCCCAUAACCGCUCAACCAGAGUAAGGCUGAGUGAGAAAGUGUUUGAACAUAACAACUGUGAUUUGCAUGUGUCUAAUAGUUACAGUAAAGGAUGUUGGUCAUGUGACCUGAAACACAUGAAGUUUUCACCUCUUUCUCAUCAAUCUGAGUUAAUCUACCAAAGAUGUCAACUCCUCACUGAAACACAGAAGAGUGAGUGCUGUGCAGAGACUGUAGCUGCGUCCGAAUUGCCAAGUAGUAGUCGAAGUAGUAGUCGAAGUAGUAUCUAGCAUGUCCGAAUUGGCCACCGGAGCGAGUAGCAUGCUACUUCAGAUACUACUUCAGAUGCUAGACACGCCCACAUUGUAGGUUGGUCUCGGUGCAUCCUACGGGCAUGCUACUGACCCAAAAUGCACCGCGGGCUUCUUCUUCGUCCUCUUAAAAGUUGUAGAAGCGCAUGUGAUGCUAGCGCCACCAGCUGCUCUGCCUAUUUAAAUGUGUCGCGAACGCCGGCUGGCCACAGCAGCGCGCACCAUGUCGGAGCAGCAGCAGACGGGACCGCAGUAGUACAGAUGUAAGUUUCAUGUAACUUCACAUACUGUCCUAAAAAAUGUGCGGUUGUAUCUCUUUGUCAUGUCAUGGUGUCAUAUUUGCCCAAGUAAUCAUUUUAUGAGCAAGUGGCGACAUCAUGGAGGUAAAGCUCACUUAUUCCAUCAUUAAACUGCACAGCUGCAGUACUACAGCCAGGCCCGCAGACGAGGGGCUUCAGUUACCACUGUCUGCACGGGCGCAGUACCUACUCUCUGCCUGCGGGGGUCGUCUUUCCCCACCGCUCGUCUAGUGUGUCCGAAUUGGGCCAACGUUUUUAGUAUGUAGGAGUAGGAUCUAGCAGUAGCACGUAGCAGUAGCAUGUAGUAUCCGAGCGGGCAGUUCGGACGCAGCAUAUAUCUAUGUGUCACAUGACAGUGUGAAUGUGCUCACAACACUCCUACCAUCAUAAACACCCAAGAAAUGCUCGAUGAAGCAGACAGAUUUAUUUAUUUAUUUUGGAGCUUUGCAAAAAGAGUGGAUGAGAUCUGUUAAGUUUUAAAGGUUUUACUAAAAGAAUGAUAAGUUCAGAUGAUGUGUUCAUGACCACUUGGUUCAGAGGAUGCAUUUAGUGUUUUAGAAAUGAUAAAAAACUGUAGUAUGGACAAAGUUCAAAAUAUGCUAUAUAAGCCUACUUUUCCAAACUAAAUAGUUGCUGUGUUGCUUGAAUAACCUGUCCUGAAACUUAACAGCGGCCGCUUUGCAGUAUCACCAUCCUGUCCAACUCAAACACACCUGUCUGUUCCCUCAGGUAAAGAAUGUAUCCGGUGAUCCAGAGAUACCCCUGAAUGAUCCCAAUCCUCACGUUGGAGGCUCCAGAGACUACCUGGACCAGCUGGACAACAACAAACCUCUCUACCUGCCAGGGUGAGCUGAGCAUCAUUUUAAAAUAAACCUCAGUUCCUUUUAUUUCUUUUUUUUUGCAUUUAUUUAGAAAGAGAGAUUUAUAUCAGAUCUGGUAUCGUAGUUUUAGAUCUUCCUGCCCAGGGCCCUCAGAUGUAAAUUAUCCAUACAGCUAGCUCAACAUGAGCCUGUUAGGUGUGGGAGUCCAUAUGGAAAGUUUUGGUUAUCGCCUACCAUUGCUGUACCUGAAAUGAAGACUAUAAAAAUCAAUGAGAUGUCAUUCAGCUUUUUUGGCAGUUUAACAUCUGUGAGUUGUGGUUCCUAUUUGGCUGGUACCAAAGUAUUAAUAGGUUUCUGUACUUGAACUGGUACUGAAACAUAGCUGGUAAAUCCUGUCUGUCCUCUAAUGAUGACUAACCUGCUGGCGUCAAGAAGUUUGAUGUUGUGUAACUGUAUGUUGACAUUUAGGCUUGAUUCUGACCGGGCAAAACAUUCAAAAAUAUGGGCUGACUGAACUAAAUUCAACGAUGCUUAUAUAAAAGUCAAAUAUAUUUAAGGGUAGGCUAAUGCUGCAGCUUCCUGAGAGUAUUCAACACUUUUAAAACAGAAGCUGAUAUGUGACCAUGCUUUGCACUGUCCGCCUUGAAGAUAACAACACAGGCAAUGUGAUGUCUCGGGGCUUUGAAAUAAAAGGUACAUUUAAAGGAACAAAUCUGUGUUUGAUCUUUCAGAGACUCAGACAUCAGCAGCAGUGUGUACAGAACAAAGGACUAUGACCCUGGUAUGGAGUCUGGAGAUGACCUAGAAGAGGAGGACUUUAGUGUGUAAGUGAUAUUGAAGGAGUAGUCGGUGAUGAAACCAGAACCAUUCAGCUCUUUUUCCGGGCUCUUGUCAAAAAGGAGAAUUACUUUAACGUCAAGCGACCACAAGACAAAACUCUCAUGACAAUUUGACUCUGUCUGCAGUUUGUUUCCCUCCAUCCUGGAUGAACAAGAGCGCCUGACCUACAAGCGGGAGUUUGACCUGGACCAUCAGGAGUACAAGAGUCUACAGGCUGAGCUGGAUGGCAUAAACCAGGACCUGGCAGAUCUAGACCAAGAGCUGAACCGACAUGCUGAAGGCAGUCCUCAGUUCCUGGUGAGCCUGACCAUCUUUUAAUAAAUGCAACCAAAAUCAAUAACUACCCCUUUUUUUUACUUGUACCAUUGACUUAGAUGCAGAAUUUUUCCACAGUUUAUCACUACUUACAUUGUGAAAAAUUUGUAUACAAUAAAGAAAAGUAAUAGGACACCGAUUCUGAUCAAUCCGCAUGUUUUGAUAUAUCAUUUGUCCUACAACUCUUCAAGCUGUAGGAAUAGUAGCGAAUCGAACUUUGUUUGGAGGAGGAAUAAAACAAUAGUCCCUCGGUGUGUUUGCCCCUUGGCCCUAAUAACUGACUUCUGUUUUUGUUAUCUCAGGAUGCCAUGGACGAAUACACCAGACUGAAGAAUCUCAAGAAGGUGAGUGUCCUAUUUCAACUUUUUCAACUAUUUUUUCAACUUUUCUUCGAUAAGUCAUCAUUAUCUCCACAGCACAGAUCUGUUGUGUGACCUGUUUUGUUUCAUGUUAUUUUUUAACUCUAUAAUGAUGGUAAAUCACGGUCUUUCUUAUUAUAGGCUUGUUUUUUUAGUGUUUAUGUGUUUAUAAAGCUUAUGGAAGGAACUUUAGGUUGGUGUUGUUUAGUGCCCCCUAUUGGACAGAAUUGUACCUCUGAUGACUUUACUUGUCUGAAUGAUUAUCUGUCUUCUGCAGUCUCCAAACUACCAGAUAAAGAAGAAGAGGUGUAAAUAUCUCAGGUCUAAACUGUCGCACAUCAAGAGGAAGAUCAGCGAGUAUGACCGCAGACCCUGAACCUUGACUCUGAACCUCGACCUCUGACCUCUCAGGCAGUGAAGACGCACAUUUCGGUUUCCUCACGCCGUUUUUGAGUUAAUCACAAGCCGAUAUGUGAAUAUGACGGAGGGGCCGUUACUUUUAUCAUUUUUUUUUGUCUGUAUCAAGACGAUCAGGUGUUUUCCGGAGAAGAUGGGGUGAAGAUUUUUUUUUCUGUGUUGUCUUCAUCCUCUGUGAGUUUUAUGAAGAACUAUUAAGGUGUAAAAAUGUAUUUUAUUUGACCCUCUCAUAAAGUAAUGAAGUGAGAGAAGUGACAUGUGAUGUUUUUAUUCCAGUACUUUGACGAAGCACUUUUUGUGCUUCUUUUAUUGCUUUUAUUUUGAAAACCUGUUUAUGAGUUUCAUGUACAUGAAGGCACAAUUGAAAUAGGACAUGAUUCUGCUUUUAAAUUCAAUGACCAGCUUGUAAAUACUUUUUAUCUGAGUCUUUUUUUUAACACUUUCGGCACUGUUUCCUGUGUAAAAACCUCUCUGUCUGAUUAGUCUUGACAGCAAUUUUUCCUACAAUGGUUAAAACAUUGUCAACAUUCUUAUUUUCACUCCUUUAAAAAGCAAAUGAAC